AUGGCGUCUGACAGUUUCCAGUACCGGGCGCUCUUCGAGUACAAGCGGGAACGUGGCGAUGACAUAACCCUCCAGCCGGGCGACCUGCUCACCGUCCCCAAGGCCUCACUGAUGGCGACAGCGGGGCUGGAGUACCAGGAGGGUGACGAGCGGAGCCCCAAAGGCUGGCUGCACGGCACCAAUGAGAGGACCAAGGAGAAGGGAGACUUUCCAGGGACCUUUGUGGAGUACGUCGGGGUGGUGAGAGUUGGCCCUCCUGCGGCAAAAUCCUGGCCCAGGCCUGUACCACCGACCCCUGGGGUUCAACAGCCCGCCGUGGGGCCCCAGCCUCCUGGAGCAGCAGCAGCUUCAGAGACAAGACGUCUUUAUGGAAGUUUAAUGACUCUCAGCUGUUUUCACACUCUGUAG